UCCAGUAGCGAGUCAGACGGAUUUUAGUACCGGAGGCAGCUACUUCAAUAUCGUAUCGAAACUGAUAACUUGCAGAUCUGUGUGUGACUUGUGACUUUUAACAGUUUUAUUUAACAAAUUCUAAAUAUAUUUAUUCAGUAAGGAAACAAUUAGUUAAUGCUGCAUAUACUAUUUUGAUCUCGGUGACUUGAAACUUAUCAUUCCAUAACAUUUGUAAAUUGCGGAGACGACAAACAAAAUGCAGUUGUAUGAAUUAUGUACUGUACUGGUUUUGUUAUGCGAGCUUGUUUUUUGCCAAGACUUGCAAACUUUGAUACAUCCAAGACCGACACAGAACUCUUCGACGUCAACAACGACGACGACAACAACAACAUUAGCACCGCCGACGAACCACGUCGGGGAAACCCAAGGCAGAGAUGAAUCGAAUAUUGACGAGCGCCUUGAAAGAUCGAGAGCCGCACGCAUGUUUUUCCUACGACAGCACGUGCUUGAAACGCUUGGCUGGACAAGUCCCCCGGAUAUUGAUCCUGAAACCAAGAGACGCUUGCUUCUCGGGAUGCAAACCCCUGUAUACGUGACCAGGCAAAAGUACUGCUACUUCCCAGCUUGUGACUUGCCUAUGGUGGACCUACCUGAUUACAUGAAUCGGUCAAUCUGGUUCGACACUAGUUCGAGGAAUAUCCGAUAUUUCUUUUCAGUACCAAGCAAUCCUGACCCUAAUCUAGAAAUCACCUCAGCCGUGGUUAGGAUCCAUUUAAAGCGAAGAGACGACUGUCCGUGUGCAUAUGAUAGUGACCACAGCACGUCAAGACUUCAUAUAAAGAUUUACCAGUACAGGAAACCCAUCAGAUCACAUGCAAGAUUGCGUCACAGCAACAUGAGAUUAAUAGACGCCAAGAUGGUGACCUGGGACAGCGCGCGCUGGGUUUCACUGCACGUGACUGAAGCUGUUAAACGUAUUGUGACUAGAGGAAGACGAAAUGGCGGCUUUGAAGUGCAUGUGAGAGACAUGGAAGAGAAUAUCCUAGAUGCCAAAACUGUCAUAGACCCAACAGUUUGCACAACAGUCUCAGAAUAUGACUGCACACAAGACGACGCUGUUUACCACGAAGAAGACACGGGUGAACCAGACGAUCCCAACUUUUCUCCAGUGUUAGAAAUAAGUUCCACAACAACAACACGGCUAGACAUUUCAUGAUUUGUGGAAGCUUCAAGCAGAGGACGGGAGGAACAUCUGCUUAUUGAUACAAGAAAUUGACACUAUAAAAAGUGCAUUCAAAAACUAAACGGAAACAUUUAAUCGUUUUUUUUCUUCAAAAAGCCGGUGAUUAGGUUUGAAUAUUAUCAGUAAGCAUUCGCAACGGAGAAUGAAAAUUGUUGGCUAUUGUACAGGACAGUUUCAAACGUUUCAACAAGAUCUCUUUUGUUCAACAUUCUCAAAGUUUGAGCGCCAGCUUAUAAGCUAACAUUCAUGACUCAUUCACUACCUCAUUGUAAUUUUGAUAUUCCAGAAUUGUAAAUAUAUAAACACGUGCCUUACAUUGUUUAAGUAUUGUUUGUAAUGUUCUUCUUUUUAUCAUUUGUAAAUAUUGCAUACAGAAACCAUUGUUUCAUUUAGGUCUUAAUAGUUACAAAAAUGAUGAUUUUUCAAUGUUCAUAAAAUUUCUGGCUCGGAAGCACUACUCUACAUCACACUUCAACAAAAUUGUCACAUUCGAGAAAUUGAUGGUUCAUGUUUUUUUUUUAAACAUUACAUAUGCAACUUUCACACAUCUGCCUUCAUCACGUACAUCGGUCGUAAUAGAAUUAUCGUUCUGUGACAGAAGCUUGAUUAGAUACAUAUAAGUAUCACUGAUACUUAAAAGGUAAUUAUUUCUUCUUUCUCCUCAGAAUUGUACAGAAGCUUGAUUCUUUCUCCUCGGCAUUGUAUAGAAGCUUGAUUCUUUCUCCUCAGAAUUGUACAGAAGCUUGAUUCUUUCUCCUCAGAAUUGUACAGAACUCUUGAUUCUUUCUCCUCAGCAUUGCAUAGAAGCUUGAUUCUUUCUCCUCAGCAUCGUACAGAAGCUUGAUUCUUUCUCCUCAGCAUUGUACAAAAGCUUGAUUCUUUCUCCUCAGCAUUGUGUAGAAGCUUGAUUCUUUCUCCUCAGCAUCGUACAGAACUCUUGAUUCUUUCUCCUCAACAUUGUACAGAAGCUUGAUUCUUUCUCCUAAGCAUUGUACAGAAGCUUGAUCCGUUCUCCUCAGCAUCGUAUAGAAGCUGGAUUCUUUCUCCUCAGCAUUGUACAGAAACUUGAAAAAGCUUUUGAAUCUUUAGACUUUUGUUGACCUAUCUUUUAAUGCUGUAGUUCUUCGUGACAUUUCAUGGAACGAAGGAAGUAUUUGUAUGAAAAGAUUUCACUCUGAUUUGGUAUGUCAGACAUGAUAUCUUAUGUGGCUCGGCCACGUGAUUUUGCUUAACUUCUUUGAACUUGAAAACCACAACAGCCUGCGCGUUUCGUUCAUUCCUAUCUACGAAAUGGACAAUUUCGGUCUUUUGAUGAUCUCUUUAUCCCAAAAAAGUGUCGUUCUUCCUAUCCUAAUCUAGCAUUUUACUGUGUAUUCUAAACAAUGGGUCACUCAUAAAUGUACCAUACUAAAUCUUUUUGUACAAAUAGGUCAGUAUGUAAAUACGUACAUUUUGUCAUUCAUUCUGUCAUCAUUUGUACAUGUUAAUUUAUUUUUUCGUUUUCUAUUGUUUUGCUUCUUUAACGAAAAUAAAGUGUUGUGUCACAGAA